AUGGCAUUUGGAUCUUCCGUUACUUGGCGCGAGGCAUUACAAAUUGUAACAGGAAGCGCAGACUUAGAUGGAAAUGCACUGUUGGAAUAUUAUGAACCGCUGAUUAAAUGGCUCGAAGAUCUGAAUGCAGAAGAACAUGCAUUUAUAGGAUGGAAUGGUCCAGGGCAGCCGUUCACUGAGUCAGAUUUACCGAAACUGCGAGGAAACACUUCGGCUCCAGAUUCGCUAGCCGGAUUAUUGAGUGAGAGUCAGUUCGCAUUUCCAGGUGGGGAUUGUUCGAACGGAAUGGAAUGCCUACUUGAUUCAGUCUGCCGAAACGGUGUCUGCGAAUGCAAGGAGGGUUUAUAUACACUUCGAAUCGGCGAUACUUACAACUGUGUUCCUGACAAUCCCGCACAUGCA